GUUGGAGAGACAGUGAGAAAAUUAAUGAGGAGAAAAUGCAAUCACUCAAAGUACUGGAUCCGGAUGAUCCUCUCAUGAGGAGAUUUCAAGAGGCUUUGAGGAGUCAUCUGCUACGAGUUGAUGAGAGACUGACGACAGAAAUUGCUGAACUGCAAGCGUCUAAUAAAGAAGCAUCCAGGAAGCGAGAAGAAAAGGGAAUGGAAAUGUAUGAAGCACAACGGGAAAUAUCUCGUCAAGAAACAUCGAUGGAGAAGUACAUAUCAUCUUUAGAGGAUCUCAAAAAAUCUCGCGAGGAGAAUCAAUAUCGUUUAAAAGAGAAGAAGGAACUGCGUAAUAAAGUUCGUCAAGAGGCGGACGAAGAGCGCCGGAGAGUUGAACAAUUAUCGAGAGAACUCGAGAGUUUAUCAUCUCAAUGUAAGCAUUUUGAGGAAUUUGAAGUGGAAGUCUCAAACCAUUUGAGUGUCUCGAAGCGAAUGUCUGAGAAAGACGCAAGUGUACAGAGAGAAUUGAUUCGACAAAAACAGCAGGAGGACUAUCUCCUUCUGAAAUUGGAGGAGGAGGUUUGGAAGUUGGAGAAGGAGAUCGAAGAUCUGCGAAGACAACAGGUAACCAAGACUGAAGACAAAGUUACUGUUGGACAAACUAUUUCGGAUGCUGAUGCUGAUUUUGGAGCUCUGCAGAGAGAGAGGAAGGGACUUUUAACAGCUUGGAAUCGAGUUGUUGCUAAUAUUUUGCAGAGGGAUAAAAUUAGUGAGGAGUUAUCCACUGAAAGAAGUAAAAUAAGAGAGUCCUUCAAGACUCUUCAGGUUCGACUCGAAAAAACUAAGAGAGACACUUCGAGAGAAAUGGAAAUAAACGAGAAAUUAACUGGGCUGCAGACUAGAUUGGAAGAGGAUAUCAGAUGUAAUCAAACAGCUAUAGGAAUGGAGAAGGAUAGGGCCGAUGUUUUGGAGUACAGGACAAUUGACGUUGCGAAAAUGCUCGAAAAAACAGAAGCCGAUUACGACGCCGUUUCUUUCGAAUUUCAAGGACUUAAGAAUGAAGAGAGAAUUUUGGAUAGAGAGUCGGAGAAAUUAGCAAAUGAGAAGACCACUGUCGAGGAGGAAUUAUUGACGAAAUUGAGCGACAAAGUCACUCAUGACAAGACUGCUAUGUAUCUCAACAAAAUUGUCCGAGAGGCCAAGGAAACCGUAAACCAAUUUGAGCUGACGAUGUUGCAAACUGAAAACCAUUAUGGGAGGAAUUUAUUUGAAUUGGAGAAAAUGAAAAAUCUCGUUACAGCUGAGAAAGAGGACUUGGAGGAGCUGAGUAAAGGGAAUAUCCUCAAAGAGAAAGAGCUCAAUCAAAUAAAAAUAGAGAUAGAGAGGUCCGAGUUGAGUAUCGAGAAGAAGCAGAAGAAAAUUGCAGACUUGAAUAGAGAUAUUGUGGAGAUGAUCAGAACGGGUGGAACGCUGGACACGACUACUCAAGAUCUGAAGAUUGUUUCUCUAGAAAAAAAAAUUGACGAAUUAGACGCAAAAAAUCAAGAGUCCCAGAAAUAUUGGCUGCGUCAAGAGGGAAACAUGGUGAAUCUUAGUCAAGAACGAAAUACUCAGCUGCAGGAGCUGAACCGUCUGAGCAGGCAAAUAACUAUAAUGGAGCAGAAGAAUCUGAAACUGGAGUACACCCUGGAGAAGGAGAAGAAAAACGAAGAGAAGAUCGAUAGACGAAUGAAGGAGCUUCGCCAGAGAUUGCUCCGAACCAACAGUCUCUUAGCCGAGAGAAAAGAAUUGCGUAACAAUCUGUUGGAUAAAAAUUUCAGCACUCAGGAUGAAUAUGUGAAAACCCUCAGGGAGGCAGAAGUGGAAUUGGUGAGACUGCAGACGGAAAUAAAAGAGUUGAAAGAGGAAAAGGUGAUGCUUGAGGAGAGGCUCUAUGCCGCCCAUCGCGACUAUUUUUCUUGGGAGAAAAAAAUGAAAUUGGCUGCAGAGACAUUGAAAAUCAUUAAGGAGGAGCGAAGCACUGGAGGGGACAUUGCCAUGAUGAAGAGUGAAAUUCAUAAAAUGGAAAUGAGAUUGUCACAUUUGAGAAAGGCGCAGGAAAAAAUGAUCAGGGAUAUGGAGCAUUGUGUUGCGAGAAGGGAAGUCAUUAUUGAUGGGGCCCUCACCAAGGAGAAGAAGAACCCCAAGGGAAUUCAUAACAAGAAGGUGAUAAUGCAGAAGAGGAUGGAUGAUCGAAAAAUGAAGAUUAAGCAAGUGACGAAAGAUACGAAGGCCAUGGAAAAUGCUGUAUCAGAAUUAGAAACAGCUCGAGCGAAACUUCAAGCGGAAAUCGACGAAAAUCGAGAGCUCCUCAAGUCUUAUCGAGACGAAAUUCCUGAUAUUGAUCGUCAAAUUUCAGAGGGGGAACUUUUGAAAAAUCAUAAACUCGAAUGUUUAGUCAGAAAGCAAAGAAAAGUGCGAAUGUUACAAAAUGUUCGCGAUGGUAAAUACAAAAUGCUAUUCAAAUCAGAGACAACCUUGAACGAUGAGCUGGAGAAACAGAGGACUAUGAAUGUCCAGUUGUCGGAAAUUAUGGAGGAAACAAAUCGAGAUUUCCCUCAUCUGAAGGAGGACAUCAGGAAAAUUAUCUUGACAGUUCAAGCCACGUAG